CAGUCCUGUGUGACGGAGCUGCUUCGCCUCUUUCAGCUGCAUCAAUGACCGUGAUAGCUCCUCCCACAGCAGGCAGGCUGUGGGCGUUCCUUAAUACCAAGCGCACUUAAUUCAUUGCUGCAUUCUUGCUCAUUCAUAUUUGGCGAGUUCGCUCAGGAGCACAGACUGCAGCCGGCUAUUUCUGACUGACUGGAGCUCUUCCACAGAAGCAGGAUGUCGAAUACUUCUCAGAAGCACCGCAACUUUGUCAGCGAGCCCAUGGGAGACAAGCCGGUGACGGCGCUCCCGGGAAUCGGACCAAUGCUGGGGAGGGAGCUGCAACGGGAGGGCAUCAACAAGGCCUCCGGUGUUCUCGGUCAUUACCUGGUGCAGGACAGAGACCCGCAGAGGUUUGGCCAGUGGCUCAAACACAGCAGUGGAGCAAACAGUCACCAGACCAGCACCUGCACUCGUGCCCUGAAGGACUGGACAGACAACAACCUCUGAGGACCCCUCCCUCACCUGAGAGCACCUCGUAGCUAAUGUUGUCUUUUGAACAUGAAUAAAAUCUUGGUGUCUCA